AAUUGAAAUAACAGCAAAUAUAUUUGUUUGAGAUUAUUAAUGUAGAAAGUAAUUGUUUCCAAAAAGUUAUAAAAUCCAAUUCCAAUGUGUUAAUCUUAUUUUCCUGUUCUGAGGUGUUAAUAGUUUAAUAUGUGUUCGUUUGUACUUACAUGUAAAAUUGUUACCAAGGCAUUAGCUAACAGAAAGUUGUGAACAUUGUGAUAGGUACUUUAAAACAGCUAGAACUUUUCAAUCUCAUUGGAGGAAAUUGGCCACCUGCUCCUAAACCACCUGCAAUUUUUGAGCAUGGCUCAGUACCAGCAAAUUUUGGAAGCAAUAUGCAACGAUCCCAACAUAGAAGAAUAAAAUCAAUAAAUCUUCUCAAUCAUAUUACCCCAGAAAAAAGACAACAUAAAAGUGCAACAGCAAAAAAUUUACAAAACACAAAAAUGGUUCAUGAGCCAAAUAAAAAAGUUGAAACUGGAAUUUUGGUUGACGUAUGCAGCAAUGAGAACACGGAGGAAGCGUACGAUUCCCCUCCUCUAGGAUCUCCCCGUGCGGCGCCGAAAGAGUGGUCUCAGACAUCUCAACAUGUCCAAGACGAUAUCGGUGUCGGCUCCCUGGUAGAAGUCGCAACUGAUGUCGACCAGCGCUACUAUGGCGUUGUAAGAUGGAUCGGCAUCAUUGAUGACACAGCGACAGCGGGCGUGGAGUUGGAGCAGAGCGUGUGCGGUCUGGGUGACGGCGCGCGCGAUGGCACGCGGCUGUUCACGUGCGGCGCCGGGCGCGCGCUCUUCGUGCCGCUGCCGCUGUGUCGCCGCGACGCGCGAUUCCGCGACACACCGCCGCCCGACCGCCCCGCACACACCGACGAACACUUCGAACAGCCGGACUGUCCAAUAGUCACCGGCGUGGUUCCCCCGCUGAACUCAUUGGGCGACCUCGCUGGGAAAAAUCGGGGCAUUCAAGGUCAUCAUAAUUCAUGCUAUUUGGACGCCACACUAUUCGCCAUGUUCACAUUCACGAGCGUGUUCGACGCGCUACUGUACCGACCCCCUGAACCCGAAGACUCCGCCCACUACGGCGAGGUGCAGCGCGUGCUGCGGGAGGAGGUGGUGAACCCGCUGCGGCGUCACGGCUACGUGCGCGCCGAUCGCGUCAUGAAGCUGCGCACGCUCCUCAACCGGCUGUCUGACGUGCCCGGCCUCACAUCCGAGGAGAAGGAUCCAGAGGAAUUCCUAAACGGACUAGUGGCUCAACUGCUCCGUGCGGAGCCGUUCUUAAAGUUAUCUUCGGGUCAAGAGGCUUAUUGUUAUCAAUUGUUCGUGGAAAAGGAUGAACAGAUCACAUUGCCAAGUGUACAACAGUUAUUGGAACAAUCUUUUGCGACGUCCGGAGUCAAACUUAGUGAGGUUCCCUCGACAUUUAUUAUCCAAAUGCCACGGUUUGGUAAGCAGUACAAGUUAUACCCACGGGUGCUGCCAUCUCCGUUGUUGGACGUCACGGAUCUCAUCGAAGACCUACCGCGCGCGUGCUGCGUGUGCGGAUCGCUGGCGCGGUGGGAGUGUGCGGCGUGCGCGGCGGAGGGCGGGGCGGGGCUCGACGCGGGCGCGCUCUGCGCCGCCUGCCUUGCCAGACAGCACCACGCGAGACCCAGACAUAAGGCUACGCCUAUAGCGACAAGUGACGAAUACGCUGGCAUCUUGGAAUCUUGUCCUGUGCCGAGAGUGUAUAUGGAACUGUUCGCCGUUCUAUGUAUAGAAACUAGUCAUUACGUGGCAUUUGUGAAGACCGGCGUCAGUCACGAUGCUCCGUGGUGCUUUUUUGAUUCCAUGGCCGACAGAAAAGGUGAACGCAACGGCUACAACAUUCCCGAGAUAGUGUGUAUCGAGGAGCUGAGCGGGUGGCUGAGCGAGGAGGGCGCGCGGGCGCUGCUCGCCGCCGCGCCGCACGACCGCCAGCUGCCCGCGCCCGCCAAGCGCCUGCUCGCUGACGCCUACAUGUGCUUCUACCGCAGCCCCGACGUCGCUAUGUACAGAUAAUGUUCGCGACAUGUAAGCAAACAUACAUACAUCCGUUUCGUCUGAAUUCAUUUAUCGUUCCAAAAUGCAUAUAGGUGAAUACGAAAAUGUCACAGACCAUUAUAGCUUCAGGCUAGCCAAAUGUUCGAUUUGAUAUUCAUUAACAAAUUCAGUGCCACUAACACACCUUGUGUGUCCACACUAAUCUUUCAUCAACACGCCGGGCUUCAUCAAUAUCUCAAAGAUAAGACAGUGUUUUUCACCGAAAUGCUCAGAGCAUAAACUUUGUGCCGUAAGCUAAUGAAUUCCUAAGACUGGGUUGCACCAGCUAACCAUAUCUGUAAAUUUAACUUUA